AUGGCCGCACUGGACGAGGACUGGGAGGAGUGGACGCCCGAGAAGGGCUCCUUCGUGCAUCACAUGUUGGCCGGCUCGGCCGCUGGUGUGGCUGAGCACGUGUCCAUUUUCCCAAUCGACACUGUCAAAACGCACAUGCAGUGCCAGCGAUGCCCUGUGAACGGCAAACCAGUCAAACUGACGGCCACACAGACGGCGCGCCAGCUCGUAGCGGAAGAAGGCCCGUUGCGCCUUUUCCGGGGCGUCAGUACCAUGCUGGGCGCCAGUCUUCCGGCCCACGCCGUGUAUUUUUCGGUGUUCGAAGCGGCUAAGAAGGCGCUCGGAGCAGAUACGAACACUAUCACGCCUAUGGCAUCAGGGUCGGCCGGUGUCAUUGCCACUGUGUGCCACGACCUCAUUAUGACUCCCAUGGAUGUCAUUAAGCAGCGUCUACAGUUGGGAUACUACGAUGGAGUGGCAGACUGCUUUAAGACGGUUAUGAAGCACGAAGGCCUGCGCGCGCUGUAUAUUAGCUUCCCCACGACGCUCUUGAUGAAUCUGCCUUACAGUAUGAUUAUGGUGUCGGCGAACGAGACUUUCAAGAAGAUUUUGAACCCGUCGGGAGAAAUGAACGUCUCGGCUUACAUCGCCUCAGGUGCUGCGGCUGGAGCUCUGGCUGGCGCGCUGACGAACCCGCUGGAUGUGGCAAAGACUCGGUUGCAGACUCAGUCGAUGAUGAUGACGGAAGAAGCCUCGGUAGGAACCCGUGCCCCCUCUCGCGUGAAGUCGGCUUCGAUGUCGCCUCGCUUCUCGAAACCAGAACUUCAGCUCCAGACGCGCGGCGUAUCCAUCACGGUGCCCCCUUCAUGCUCCAUUAAUGGCCGCCCUGGGGUUGAGAGGGCAGAGCCUGUUUUACGUCGACAAUACGCCGGUCUGAUGGACGCGCUGAUCCAAAUUAAGGCCCAGGAGGGCUUCGCGGGCUUCUUCCGAGGCGUGUACCCGCGUCUACUGGUACAUGCGCCCUCCGUGGCGGUAUCUUGGACCACAUUCGAAGUAUUAAAGAAGACUCUGGAUCGGAUGAGCGAAGACGACUAG